AUGGCCGAUCUUUCCGCCUACGAUGAUAUCCUCAACUCCCUCGACGAUGACAACUACUAUUCCUUAGAUGAGAACAGCCUCUCACCCACUUUUCAAGUCUGGUCCAAUUCCACCGACGUCGAGGAAAUCGAUAUCGAAAGCCUGAAUCUGUCUUCCGACUCCAGUUCCUCUUGGAUCGACCCGCUCGAGUCGGCCAUCACCGCCACCCGCAACGGUUCCGCCCCUGUCCUCAGCACCCUCUCUCAGUUCACUGCAAUCCUGUCGCAAACCGGAGUCCACGGCCCUCGUCUUCUCAAAGCUACAAAACUCUCUGCCAGAGCGACGAAGAUUGGCUCUGGCACCCAGUUUACCGUCUUCAAGGACCCUCUGUUCCAAGGAGAAGUCAUCAAACGCGUCAAUGUCCCCCUUUCCAGUCGAGCAGAGCAGCGCUUUGCGGCGAGCGUGGAUUAUCGCCUCCAGCUACGCACAUUAGGACUUGAGGUUUUAUCGCUUUGUAAUCCGAUCCUGCGUGCGCACCCCAAUGUCACUAGCCUGCUGGCAUGGGGGUUCGAUUUCCCAUUCGCAGAUAUGGCUGUGCCUGUUUUGUUCAUGGAGGAAGCGAUGAUGCCGCUAGGCGGCUUCCUGGGUGCUGAAAAGAGGACUGUGGAUGUGAGAUACCAGCUUGCGUUGGAUGUUGCCAAUGGACUGGAGGCUUUGCAUAACCUCAAGAUCGUACAUGGAGAUGUCAAGCCGGAUAAUGUGCUCGUGUUUGUUGGCCCAGGCGACAAAGUACCUUUCAGAGCAAAAUUGAGCGAUUUUGGGGUCUGUGUUGAUUUGGAGGCGCCCGAUGGAAAAUUUACACUCAGUGAUUAUCGUGGCACUCCUGCUUGGCUGGCCCCUGAGGUGAUCGAUGGGGACAUCUCGCGAUUCGGUGCGUUUUCGCCAGAAAUGAUGUUCAGAUUCGAUGCGUAUAGCUUUGGCAUGGUGUUGUUGUCAAUCUUCACUCGUGACGGACUGCCCCUUGCCCUGGAUGAGAAUCACGAUGGGAUCGCAGAUCAAGUUUCGACGUUACUCAACGGUCGGAAAGACAUCUCGCCCUCUGUACGCAUGGAGAUUCGCAAAGCAAUCUUGAGAUUAUUGUCCGAGGACCCCAGAGAACGCCCGUUGCCGAAAUCAGAUUUGCUCAAAACAGAUGAACCGGCAUAUGCAUCCUGGAUUUCAUCUAUUCAAAUAGGUGCCACGAAUACCCACACUGGAAUAAUUGACCCGGUCUACAACAAAGGGCCCCUAUUCUGGUAUCGACUCAACGAGAGCAUUCGCACAGAGCUGGAGAAACAACACGCUCUCAGCAAAGAGGAAAAUGCCCCUCCGUUUUCAGGGGACGUGCUUUUUGGUAUCGCGCAGACUGUUACGGGGGAAAAGCCGAGGUAUCUCGAUCGCCUAUUGACCUUUUUGGGUGAUUCUGCCAGAGCGGGAUUUUCGCCUGCUAGAGCCGUGUAUGCGCAGAUCAUGGAGGCUCAUGGCCAAGCGCCCGAGUUUAGUCAGGAGAUUCUGGACGAAUGGAUGCUGCAAACAGUUUCUGAGGGAUACCUUUUCGCCAAACCAGGUCGAUUGACGCAUGAAUUGGAAGAGGCAAGGGGUACAUUCAGGAAGCGUGGUGGCUUCUGUUCGGAUCCAUUUUUGGGGAAGAAAGAAGUCAAGGCAGCGGUAACCAGGGAAGAAGUCUUGGAUUGGAAGGCCGAAAAAGGAAGUAUUGUCGAUCGCAAGGGAAAUACAAUUCUUCAUUCUGCUGCUGCUUUCGGGGCGAUUGAUGCGGUACAGGUAUUGCUGGAUGAUGCAUGCAUGGCAGUCGAUAUAAAGAACGAGAAUGGCGAGACGCCACUAUACAAGGCAUUCCAGGCGGGACAUGCUGAAGUGAUCGAAGCCCUUCUUGAUCAUGGUGCCGAUGCGUCUUGCAGAACUCAGGAUCAUACAACCCCCUUGCAUUGGCUUUUUAUGAUCACAGAUAAUUCAAUCCCUCGGGUAUUGAAACGAAUGAUCGAGGGAGGUGCAAACAUUGAUACUGCAAUUCAGCCUGUGACCAAGGAGAACAGCGGCGGGUACCCGGAAAAGAUCCAGAUCCUUCAUUAUCCCUUUGAACUGCCACACGGAACACCACUCCACUGGGCGUGCUUCUUCCGCAACUUGGACGCUGUGGAUGCUCUUCUUACCUCUGGAGCAAAUAUCAACUCAUUUUACCACGACAGCGACGCAUCAACGACUCCGCUUGCAUUGACUGCCUACUAUGGUGAGCCUGAGAUUGUGAGGUAUCUUAUAUCUCGAGGUGCAGAUGGUACCUUGAUUGAUUCUACUGGGCGGAAUACACUGCACGCGAUCACAAAAUAUUUUCCUAGUCGACAUGGCUAUCUGCCUCGCCAGUGGCACUCUUGGAUUCGCCACGGAACUUGGGAAAACCACCUGGAACAGCUUUCGGACAUGGUCAACUGUUUAAUUCGGGCUGGGGCGGACAUCAACCUCAAAGACAAGGCAUAUCCACCCCUGACGCCUAUUGCUGCAGCGGCCGAUCUGGGAGUCUGGAAUGGGGGCAUGAUAUGUGCUCUUCUGGAGGCUGGUGCUGAUUUGAAAGAGUCGAUUCUGUCAGCUGGAGAUACCGUCCUGCACAGCUGGGCUUCUGUCGUGGGACCGCGUUUGGAUUACCCUAAUUCAUAUCUGUCGACUUUGAAAAGGAUAGCCCAAGCUAUGCCAAACAUCAACAUCCCCAACAAAUUCGAGGAGGACACCGCGUUGCAUUUGCUGACGACAACAUAUCACCCAGAGGAUGAGUUCGAGGCUGCAUGUGAUGUCCUACUUCAGAAUUGCCCUCCCGCGAACAUCGAUGCAAAGACUCGCCAGGGCACCACUCCACUCUCCAUAGCUUUGGAGACAGAUCUUGAUCCCGUACGACGCGGCCGCUUCUUGCUCGAUAAAGGCGCCGACCCACUCAUCGUCAACGAUAGAGGAAGGGACAUCUUCUUUUCGAUCGCCAAUAAUGCCGUCCUCAGUGACCAAAUCACCCAUGAGCUCAUCCAGCACUUCCUCCGCAGCUUCGGUCCUGACGUCCAAAAGGCUUACGAAGAACACUUUCUCUUAAAUCCCAACAGCCACGACACCAUUUUUGCAGCCGCAGCUCGUGCAAAGCCAAUGACGUUGACUCUUCUACUUUCUUUCGGUCUCACGAGAGGUAUAAAUAAGCUUGACAAUACCAUUUCCCCGCCCCGGACAGCCUUAGACCACGCCCUCCACGCCGCUGAAAUCAGCCGCCGAGCCCACAUUACCGGGCUAGCAUCAUACAAACUCGGCCCCCCACGAACAAAUGCCCUCAACCAGAAUCUUGUCUAUGAUGAGAGACAAGGACCACCGUCGCGUGCGGCGGAAGCUUACAAGAGCUUCCCGGAGGUUAUACGGAUCUUGCGUGAUGCCGGGGCCAAGCGGAGGUGUGAGUUGGAGGGCAACUCAAAGGGUGAUUAUAUUGAACAGCCGGGAGACUGGGAUCAAGAAGAGCUUCAGGGGUAUGGCUUUACGAAAGAGUCACAGCCGAAUGCUGAGACAUGGAAAGACCUGUAUGAUCUGGCUAUGUAUGGCAGUGGGUGGAGUUGGUUAGGCCUGCUGACGGGGGAACGAAGGCGAUGA